AUGGCAGAAUCCAAUAGCAAGUCGGGAAUACUGGCUCUAGCGCAGAAACGUCUUUCUCGGACUAAAACUAAAGUUUUACAGAACUUGGGCAAAGCAGAAAAGACAACAGAUGAUGUAUUUAAUGAGAAUGUUCUUAAAGUAGAAAGACAGCAGGAAAUAGCUCACCAUCUCCAGAAAGAGUUGAAAACAUAUGUCCAUUGUCUACGAGAGAUGAACCAAGCCACAUUGAGUUUAAACACAGUUCUGUCAGAAAUCUAUGAACCUGAAUGGACCAAGGAAUCUGUAUUCAAAAGCCAGCUACAGGUGUUUGAGCUACUUUGGAAUGACUUCCUCCAGAGUGUGCAGGAUUCUGUUGUUACUCCUCUGAACAACUAUCUACAGUGUUUUCCAGCUCUGAAAUCGAAGGUGGCAAAGCGAGGUCGUAAAAUGGUCGAUUACGACAACUGCCGACAUCACUUAGAGGUGCUGCUGUCUGCCAAGAAGAAAGAUGAAGUGAAGAUUCACAAGGCCCAGGAGGAAAUGAAAGAAGCCAAACGAAUUUAUGAAGAGUUAAACAGCGAAUUGCGUAGUGAGUUGCCAGAUUUCAACAACAGUCGAGUCACAUUCUAUGCCAGCUUGCUGUCCAGCUUGUUUGGAGCUGGACAGGUCUUUCACUCAGAGUCUGGCAAGGCGUAUUUAACACUUGAGGACAUCUGCCAGGAAUUGGGCAAAGAUUUUGAGCAAUUUAUAUACAAACCAAGACAGACCCUUAGCAAGUCUAUCUCGUCAAACUCUGGGGAGAACGGCUUCAGUGAUGAAGUCUCGGCCCACGGUUCUCCAUCAGUCCAACUGACCAGAAGCUCCCUGGGUUCCAGAUGCAGCAGUCCUGGCAAAGACACGCCACAGUCUGUGUACGGCAAUCAGGAAGUGCCAGAAAUCAAACAGAGAACCAGCCUCCUGUCGCCCCAGCAGAAUGGAAGCAACCCAGUGCCCACGGAGAGAACAGACAGAAAACAGUCCAACAUCUCUGCUCAGGAUCGAGGCAACAAAGUCGAUGAGGGGAGGCAUUCCGAGGAAGAUAACAACAAUAGCAGCAUUGAACACAAAGAGAUGACAAACAACGUUUAUAAUGAACCCCAUGAAACACCGUCCAACCUGGCAGCCAGCAUCGGACGUGUGAGCAACCGUCACGAGUUCUCCGAGUCUGACACUGAUGAGGAUGAUGACCUAGAUCCAGUCUACAGCAAUCCCCCGUCACGCCUCCCGCUGGCUACUCCACCACCCAAUACUCUUUAUGUUGUGCAAGCUGUACACAGGUACAACAAUGAAGAUGAGGACGAGCUGAGCUUUGAAGCUGGGGAGAUGAUCUACGUGAUAGAGUUUGAUAACCCUGAGGAGCAGGAUGAAGGCUGGCAGAUGGGCAUCAAAGCAUCAGAUGGCGUCCGGGGUGUGUUUCCAGAGAACUUUACCCAGGUGCUACCAAAUCAGCAAGCUAGAUGA